UCCUUCAGUUCAGUAAACUCGUCGGUGGUUAGAUAGUGUGUGAGAGAUUUAAUCUAUAUAAGAAACAAGUGUUUCUCUUCAAACUAGAAUAUUUAUUAUUUAUAUAGUGAGAGUUAAACAGAAAGUGAAGGAAAGUGAUCAAAUUUUCAUUUCAAGACGGUGUCAAAAAAAAAAAAAAUAUUUUUUUCUACAAAUUCAAAUGUUGUCAAUAAAUAGAGUUAUUUUCUAUCAACGUUCAUUUUUCUCAAAUUCCCUUUUUUAAGGAUCUGCAGAAGUGUAACGGUAGCUCUCUAUUUCUAAUAGGAUUAGGCAGUGAUGGCAAAAUUAAAAGUUGCAAUAAUUGGACAGAGCAAUUUUGCAGCUGAGGUGUAUAAAUCUUUAAAGCAAGAUGGUCAUCACAUCACGGGAGUCUUUACAAUUCCUGAUAAAGGAAAUCGAGAAGAUCCACUAGCGAGUACAGCAAAAGAAGACGAUGUGCCUGUUUUCAAAAUCAAAGCCUGGAGAAGUAAAGGCAAAACUCUUCCGGAAAUACUCAAUAUUUACAAGGAAAUUGAAGUCGAUUUAAAUGUUUUGCCAUUUUGCACUCAAUUCAUACCAAUGGAGGUGAUAAAUCAUCCGAAACAUCAAAGUAUUUGCUAUCAUCCAUCAAUUUUGCCGAGACAUCGUGGCGCCAGUGCAAUUAGUUGGACUCUCAUUAAUGGCGACAAAGUUGCGGGUCUCUCGAUCUUUUGGGCGGACGAUGGUCUCGACACGGGACCGGUUUUACUGCAAAAAACCUGCCCAGUAAAUCCAAAUGAUACCUUAGAUAGUUUGUACAACAAUUUUUUGUAUCCCGAAGGAAUAAAAGCAGUGGCCGAAGCAGUAAAGCUCGUUUCCCUGGGAAAAGCUCCCAAGAUUCCUCAAACCGAAGAAGGUGCAACUUACGAUCCAAUUUUAACUAAACACGAACUCCAAAGAUUAGAUUUUACUGGGAAAUCAGCGGAAGAUGUGCAUAAUUUUAUAAGAGGUCUGGACAGUGCAUUCGGCGCUUGGACUCUAAUUAAUGGUGAAGAAAUUCGUCUCUAUGGCAGUAGAAUUUGGGAUAGAAAAAAAUUACCCGAAGGUGAUAAUGUUGAUGUCGACGGUCACAUUGGAAUUGUUCACGAAGAUGGUCUCCUUAUAAAAAUCAAUGAAGAGAAUUGUAUCAAUAUCGAAAGACUCAAAAUUGGCAACAGAACAAUUAUCGCCAGUAAAUUUGGCAAACAUUCGGAAAAAAAUCAAAUUAUCGAAUACACAGGAGAGGAAAAUGAGAAAAUUGAUACGGUUCGAAGUAUUUGGGAAAGUAUUCUCAAAAUGGAGGUUUAUGAGGAUACCGACUUUUUUGCCAGUGGAGCGGGAAGUAUGGACGUUGUGAGACUUGUAGAAGAAGUGAAGGACUCUAUCGGAAUAUGUCUUCAAAAUACAGACGUUUUUAUGGCGCCGAUUUUCAGUGAAUUCGCGAGGACAAUGGUAUUGAAGGGACGUGGCGAUUCAACGCAAUUGGAAAUUAAAUACGAUCCAGUCGAAUUGAGAGCGAAUAAUAAGGAUUUAAAAUUCCCGAGACAAUUGUUCAUUGACGGACAAUUUGUCAACGGUCACGGGAAGCCGAUCGAGACAAUAAAUCCCCACGAUGAGAGUCUCAUUUGUUCCGUUGAAUCGGCAUCGCCCGAAGAUGUUGAUCAUGCCGUGAUUGCGGCAAAACGCGCCUUCGACGAGGGCGAAUGGAGUAAAAUCAGCGCCAGAGAAAGAGGAACACUUCUCUUCAGACUCGCCGACUUGAUGGAGGAACACAAGGAAGAAUUGGCAACAAUCGAGAGCAUUGAUUCGGGAGCAGUUUACACAUUGGCUCUAAAAACCCACGUUGGCAUGUCAAUAGAGACUUGGCGAUAUUUUGCCGGUUGGUGCGAUAAAAUUCAAGGAUCGACAAUACCAAUUUCUCAUGCGCGACCAAAUAGAAAUUUAACGAUAACAAGAAAGGAGCCAAUUGGCGUUUGUGCAUUGAUAACGCCUUGGAAUUAUCCUCUGAUGAUGCUCUCGUGGAAAAUGGCAGCAUGUUUGGCAGCUGGAAAUACUGUUAUCAUGAAACCGGCGCAAACUUCACCAUUGACGGCAUUGAAAUUUGCUGAACUCGCUGCCAAAGCUGGUAUUCCUUCUGGUGUUAUUAAUAUUAUUCCCGGCAGUGGUUCAAUCACUGGCAAUUCAUUGGCAAAUCAUCCAAUGGUGAGAAAAUUGGGAUUCACUGGCUCUACGGAAAUUGGUCAAGUUAUUAUGAGAUCGUGCGCUGAUAGUAAUUUGAAGAAAGUCUCACUUGAAUUGGGUGGGAAAAGUCCUUUGGUGAUAUUUGAGGAUACGGAUUUAGCGCAUGCGGUUCGCGUUGCAAUGAGCAGUGUUUUCUUUAAUAAGGGAGAAAAUUGCAUCGCUGCAGGUCGACUCUUCGUGGAGGAAUCAAUCCACGACGAGUUUCUCAAGAAAGUUGUCGAGGAAACGAAGAAAUUAACAAUUGGCAAUCCACUGGAUCGUGGCACAGCUCAUGGUCCACAGAAUCACAAGGCUCAUCUCAUGAAAUUAAUUGAAUUCACAAAGAAAGGCGUUGAGGAUGGUGCUCGCCUUGUUUACGGUGGAAGUAAAUUAGACUGUCCAGGUUUUUAUUUUCAGCCGACAAUAUUCACAGACGUCACGGACGAUAUGUUUAUUGCAAGAGACGAAUCCUUUGGUCCAAUAAUGGUAAUUUCCAAAUUCAAUUCAAAGGAUCUUGAUCGUGUGGUGGCGCGGGCAAAUUCAACGGAAUAUGGCCUUGCAGCUGGUGUUCUCACAAAGGAUAUUACACGUGCUUUACGUUUUGCCGAAAAGGUCGAGGCAGGCACUGUCUUCGUCAAUACAUACAACAAAACAGAUGUUGCCGCUCCAUUCGGCGGUUGCAAGAAAUCAGGUUUUGGCAAAGAUUUGGGACAGGAGGCUCUCAAUGAAUAUCUGAAAACAAAAACCAUCACUAUUGAGUAUUGAUUUCUUUACCUUUCGAAUUAUUCUCAUAAACGAACAAUUGCUAAUUAAUUUCCAAAAGUUGAUAAUGCGACAAAAUUAAUAUUUUUCUUUAUCUAUUUUUGUUCUGCAAUUUGAUACAUUUAUAAUUUGAAAAUUAAGAUCCAAUUCUUUCUACUUUUAGGAAUUUUCAAAUUCUCUCGAAUGUCACAUUAUUUCAAAGUCAAUUUUUUAUUACUGGAUAGAAAAUUUUUCAACUGUUUUAUU